AUGGAGCUGCCGGAUCCAUUACGUCAGCGGCUGGGAAACUUCAGCAGAACUGUGUUCCGCGACUAGCCGGAGUACAGUGAGGGUUCGGAUAAUGAAAUGAGCUCCAAUUUGGCCCUACAGAUGUCACUUUAUUUUAACACUUACUUUUUCCCACUUUGGUGGGUGGCCGCCAUUAUGAUGCUUCAUAUGAAGUAUUCAUUCUUGCCUGAUUACUAUAAAUUCAUUGUGAUCACUAUUAUCGUCCUUAUAACCCUAAUUGAAGCUAUCCGAUUGUACCUGGGCUACAUGGGUAACCUGCAGGAGAAGGUACCUGAACUGGCAGGCUUUUGGCUCUUGAGCCUUCUGCUGCAGUUGCCUUUAAUUCUUUUCUUGCUGUUGAAUGAAAGCCUAACGAACCUGCCCUUGGAAAAAGCAAUGCAUAUCAUCUUCACUAUCUUCCUUACUUUCCAAGUUAUUUCAGCGUUUCAUACCUUGAAGAAAAUGGUCAAUCAGUUGGCAGCUCGUUUCCACCUCCAAGACUUUGACUGGCUCUCUGCAAACAGAGGAGAUGCGAGAAGAAUGAUGUCAUGUAUAGAAGAGAUUUAAUCCAGCGCUGUUGAGAGAAAAUCUCAAAGAUUUUAGAAGACUGUAAAAGUUGGGAAACAUCGGAGAUCUAGCAUGAGAAAAAGGAUAAAGCUAGUGUUUUGAACUGUAUUCCCUGUAGCUCUGAAAUUCCCAGAUGAGGGCAAUGCUAAAGCUUCCUGUACUACAUAAAAGCAGUAUACUAACCCUAAAACCUAUGUGAU